AUGAGCACUACGGAAGACGAACCGGAUACGAAAAAGGACCACAUCAAUAAAAUAGUGCUCUCGGAUGAUGUACAACAAGCAAUCGAACAGGUUUUGCAAAGCUCGGAUCCGCUCGACCAUCCCGAUUUUGAUCCCACGGAUUAUGUGAACCAGCUGUUUCCGAACGAGCAAUCGCUAUCCAAUAUAGACGAUGUGAUUGCGAAAAUGGAGUACGACAUCAGCCUCAUCGAUGACAACAUCCGGAGCGUUGUCCGCGGACAAGUGAAUACCGGGGAAAACGGAAGGGCUGCCUUGAAGGAAGCUCAGCAAUCGAUAACCCAGUUGUUUGCGUUGAUCACGGAUAUCAAAUCGCGAGCGGAGAAAACCGAGGACAUGGUGAAGGAGAUAACGAGGGACAUCAAGCAGUUGGAUUCGGCCAAGAACAAUCUAACGUACGCGAUAACCACGCUGAAUCAUCUGCACAUGCUGGUGGGCGGGGUGGAGAAUCUGAAGCGUUUGGCCGAACGGCGCCAGUACGGGGAAAUACUGAACCCGUUGCAGGCUAUCAUCGAGGUCAAUCAGCAUUUCCAGCAGUACUCGGAAAUAUCCCAAAUCCAGACACUUUCGUCGCAAGUGCAGCAAAUCCAAAACGAAUUGGCUACGCAAAUUACGGAGGAUUUUAAGAACUUUUUCGCGCCGGUACCGGGAGGGCAGCAGGGUGGAAAUAGAAUGACUAUUACGCAGCUGAAGGAUGCCUGUCAGGUGGCUUCGGUGCUGGACAAGCCGGUUAAGAAAAAUAUCCUCAAGUGGUACAUCAAUUUGCAGUUACAGGAAUAUGUUCAGCUGUUUCACGAAAACCAGGACAUCGCGUGGUUGGACAAAAUUGACAAACGAUACGCGUGGGUAAAACGGCACCUGCUGGACUUCGAAGAAAAGUAUGGAACUAUUUUCCCAUUGGAUUGGGAGAUCUCCGAAAGGAUAACGGUUCAGUUUUGCUCCAUCACCCGGGAGGAACUGACCAAGAUCAUGGCCCGCCGAAGGACGGAAAUUGAUGUGAAGUUGCUGUUGUUUGCCAUUCAGAAGACUGCCGCUUUCGAGCAGCUGUUGGAUAAACGAUUUAUUGGGACGACCCUUGGAGAGACAAAACCGGCGGAAGUUGCUGCAAGCGAGAAGCCGUCGUUUAUGGACUUAAUUGGUGUGUGCUUCAAGCCUUAUCUGGACAUCUAUACGGACAGUAUUGAUCGGAGUUUGGCAGAACUGAUCGAUCAGUUUGCACAGCAGAAUCAGCAGAAUUUGACACCCAAGGAUGGGAAUGCGUCUGUGUUUCCAAACUGUGCCGAAUUGUUCGUAUUCUACAAGAAAUGCAUGGUUCAGUGCACACAGCUGAGCAACGAGAAACCCAUGUACGAUUUGACGCUUAUCUUUAAAAAGUACCUUCGCGAGUAUUCCGCUAAAGUGUUGGACGCAAGGAUACCAAAACUGCAGCAAAACAGUUCCACGACUUCGAUUAGCAACAGCAUGUCCUUGCUGACGAAGGAUCUGCAGAAUCUCUCUACAGCUGCCGGGCAGGUUAUUCACAAUUUCCUUAAGGAAGGCGAAGCGCCAAGAUUUAACAUGGACGACAUUCGGAAGAUUUGUUACGUCUUGGCGACGGCGGAAUAUUGCUUGGAAACGGUUCAGCAGUUGGAAGACAAACUUAAGGAAAAAAUCGAAAAAAGCUACGUAAGCCGAGUAGAUCUAUCCGACGAGAAAGACGUAUUCCACCGGACCAUUUCCAACUGCAUUCAACUGUUAGUACAAGAUCUGGACACAGGCUGCGAGCAGUCUCUAAUUAUGAUGGCAAAAAUGUCCUGGCAUAACAUCAGCAACGUUGGUGACCAAAGCAGUUUUGUGAACCAUAUCGUUGGAAACCUCAAACAAUCGGUUCCGGUGAUCCGUGACAAUUUGGCCUCUAGCAGAAAGUAUUACACGCAAUUUUGCCACAAGUUCGUCAACUCGUUCAUUCCUAAAUACAUCAACACGCUGUACAAAUUGCGUCCCACCACGACCGGAUCCGGAUCAUCGUCCACGUCGAUGGUGAACAGUGCGUCAGGCUCCAGCCUUUCCGAAGGUGCCAACAAUCCUUCGAGCAAUCCAGCCGGUAACAUUCUCGGCUGUGAACAACUUCUCUUGGACACUCACAGUUUGAAAACGGUCCUCAUGGAUUUGCCCUCGAUUGGGUCCCAAGUGCAGCGGAAGCCCCCCGCCACCUACACCAAAGUAGUCGUAAAGGGUAUGGCCAAAGCGGAAAUGGUGAUCAAGGUGGUGAUGCAGCCGAUCUACCCAUCGGCACUCUACAUCGAACAAUACUUGAAACUGCUCCCCGAGAGCAGCGUGGUAGAGUUUCACAAAAUUUUAGAGAUGAAAAGCGUCAAAAAGAUCGAGCAGCAACAACUGGUGGAGCUCUACAAGCGAUCGUGUCCACAGCAGACAGUGCAAGGUGCUGCCGGUGCCGGAGAUGGUCUGGUGGUUGCGACAGUGGGAAGCGCUGGUGCCGCCUCGGGUGGCGGAGGAGAUGCUCCGAUGAGCCAAUCUCAGCAGGCUGCGGCCCUGGCAGCGACCGCCAUCAGUGGUGCCGGAUCCAGUAUUAUCGCGUUGGGUGAUUCCUUGAUGGACAAAGGUAGGAUAAAGAAGAUAGAGAAUCUGAUCAAGAAUCGGUUGCCCAACUGAGCGGUCCCGGAAGGAUGUGCGAAUCGGUUUAGUUGUAUUUUAGGACAAGGAAAAGUUAAGACCACAAUGAUGUUGCGGAUAAAUUGGACCAUAUCGUGUA